GGCCGAGUCAAGUCAACAUACCUAACUACCUAACUACCAAACUUCAAAUCAACCAUUAUUUGAUCUAGCCCUUGGACAACCUUCGUUCAUAUUACCCCAGAAACGUACUUACCAGGCAGAUGCCGUCAUCGGCCAAGUCGCAUGCAAGAUCGCAUGCGCUGCUGCUCCUGCAGAAAUUGCUCAAUCUACGGGACAGCGCGAGCCCCUUAACCCUGGUCCUCGACACCCUCGAGCAGAGCGCCAGGCCAAUAAUCCAUGAGUUUCUAGGCCGAGCCAAGGCCCAUAAAAGCAAAGUCCUCUACAUAUCCUCCAGCACGCUCAAAAAGCCCCUGGACGCAGACGUCUUCAUCAAAGCGUGGGGCAAAUCAGCCGAGGCGCUGCGUGCGGAGAUAACCUCGCACUAUCCUCCCACCACCACCACCACCACCGCUGGACCCGGACAGAAGGUGCUCGUCGUCUUCGAAGCCAUCAAUCCCCUCGCCUCCAGCCCCUCCAUCUCCUCCAACCUAGCCCUAUUCCUCUCCAGCCUCAUCACCACCCCCGCCGUCUCUCUCGUCGGCGUGUACCACACAGACAUACCCCUCUCCCUACCCCGCCCUUCUCCUGCGUACCACAAUGAAUACGAGCCCCACCCCCUAACUACCCUCACCCACCUCGCCACCGCCAUCCUGCGCGUCAGCAACCUCAACCAAGCCAUAUUGCGGCGUCGCGCGCGCGACCGCAGCCUCCAAGAGCCCGAAUGGGGGCUUUCGGAAGGGCGGGAGGGCGUAUUGAUCGGGCUCACGAACAAGGCGGGCCACCGAUCCGCAACCGGCAGCGACGACGGAGGUCUCGUGCUCGAGAUGGAGAUGCGGCGACGCAGCGGCCGCUCCGUAGCCGAGACCUUUGUUUUCUCUACCCCACCGCCAACAACGACCACCACCACAAUACACCACGCCACAACGUCGCGUAUCUACUUGCUAUCCGAGCACCCCGCGUUCCGCACCCCUGCCCCUGACGAGGCAAACGGACAUGGAGAAGGAGGACCCGUCGGCGGUGCUAAAGACGGCGGGGGCGACGAUGGGAUGCAGACUACGUUUAACCUAGGGCUGACGGAGAAGCAGCGCCGGGAUCGGGAGGGCAUAGUGCUUCCGUAUUACGACGCGCAGACGGAGAUAGGGGCUGGCGAGGGAGGGAGGAUAUUGUACGAGAUGGGGCGGGAAGACGAUUUCGACGACGAGGAAGACGAGAUAUAAGAUGUGGGAUGUGAGAUGUGAAGACAAGAGGUAAAGAAAUGAAAUGAAGAAAAUCAUCAUCAUCACGCAUAUUACUUGCUUGAAUGCAAAUUUUUUUUUUGGACAUGCCACACCAUAACCAUAAACCUCGACUUGUUUUCAUGAUU